AUGGCGAUUAAAAGAAAAUUUAAUCGUAUUACCAAAUUGGGAUUAUGGGAACCUAAUUUUAAAUACCACCAUUUGAUUAGGAAAGAUAAACCCAUAAAAGGAAUGAGAACACAUUUUCAUACUAAAAAAAUGGGGUUACGGCUUGGGAUUUUUGAAGUAGCACAAUUUCACCCUAAGUUUUAUAUGCUCGUUACCCCAGUAUAUUUUCCACCUACGUGA